AUGAGCAACGUCGUCGCCUUUGUCCUCGGCGCGGUCCAGUGCAUCAACAAGGCGAUGGCCCAGCACGCUGCCAAAGAGUGCAUAAGCACGGCGCUGCAGUGUACCGACCUCUUCUCGGCCGUCGUGGCGUACUUUCAAGGUAGCGUGGACAGCUGCACGCGCGCCAUGCUCACGCUCUGCUGCAAUGGCCUUCCUAUCUGCUGCGCCAAAGAGCGCAAUCACGUGCCCGAGAAGCACUCGUUCGCGACCAUGGAGCUGGUGGAAGCACUCGACGUCAAGCUCGUGGCGGCGCGCAUGGAGAUCGACUGCUCGGGCCGUCGAGCGUGCGUCGGGUCCAAGGACUUGCUGGAGCAGAGCACGGUGACGUUGACGUAUGUGGUGGCACGCGCCGCCGAGGCGGGGCAUCUCGAGCUCCUUGUUCACUCGCGCGAGACGGCUUUUGGCAACUUGGCGCUCAUUCAGUUUCUUUUGGCGCACCGCAACGAUGGCGGUGCCUUGCGAACGGCCAUUAUGUCGGUACUCUCGACGGACAACGUCGAGUUGCUCCGAUAUUUCGUCGACCAGCCGGGUGCAGCGGCGCCCUUGCCCGUGGUCACGCGGCACGCCUACAACGCUCGCAGCCACAAGUGCGCGGCGCUCCUUGCCAAUGACCCGCGACAGCGCCAGCUCAACGCGAACCAGCGCCCAGCGCCCGGCCAGGCGAGCCCGCGGCCCAUUACGCGCGCGCUGCGUUCAAAUAGCCGACCAGACGAGACGCUCGUCCUCCGCCCACAGCGGGUGGACCGUCCGCCCAAGCGUCGCCUGGCCAUCCAAGCGUACAAUGAUACGCAGCGGUCGACAGCCCGACUUGUGCUAAAUGCACUAGGGCCCUUGCUUUGCCCCGACGACAACAACGAAAUAUGCACCAUCUGCCACAGUCUACUCAAUGGAAAAGACGACUCGAGCAGCAAGCGCCGACGCGUCGAGGUAGGCUGUCCAAUGUGGUCUCUUGGUACUUGUAUGUGCUGCAUGAUAGGAUUGCAUGGCCGGCCAAGCGUCUCGAGGUCGCAUUUCUUCUCAACAUGUCACGACGCGUCGCGCGAUGGCCCCACCUGCCGCCACCCUCCCAUCAAGACCAACUUUUGCUGAUGAUGGGGUUGCGGCAGGUGGAGCACAUGCAUCACGCUGAUAGUUCUCUUUCUCGAUUGAACUAUAAUGUACUAAUAUAUUUUUGUGGUC